AACAAAGACAGUUAUGGACUUCGUGAAUAGCAGUGAUAAUGUCAUCUUUGUACACAACACAAUUCAUCUCAUCUCUCAAGUGAUGGACAAUAUGGUCAUGGCUUGUGGGGGUAUACUGCCAUUGCUUUCAGCUGCUACAUCGGCUACACAUGAGCUGGAGAAUAUUGAACCUACUCAAGGCCUUUCGAUAGAAGCCUCUGUGACAUUUUUGCAGAGGCUAAUUAGCCUUGUGGAUGUGCUUAUAUUUGCAAGUUCUCUUGGCUUUACUGAAAUUGAAGCUGAAAAAAAUAUGUCAUCUGGAGGAAUUUUGCGGCAGUGUCUCCGACUGGUGUGUGCAGUAGCAGUAAGGAAUUGCUUAGAGUGUCAACAGCAUGCACAACUGAAAACAAGGGGAGAUAAAGGCUUGAAAACAAUGCAAAGCUUUAUUCCUUUGGGGAAAUCUGCAGCAAAGAGUCCAGUGGACAUUGUGAUGGGUGGUAUAUUUCCAGUAAGAGAUCUUGAUCGGCUUCUACAAGACAUGGAUAUUAAUCGACUUAGGGCUGUUGUUUUCAGAGACAUAGUAAGUCACAAAAACACACCAGCAGCAUGCAGCUCUUUAACUCCUGCAUCAGUGGAAGAAUCUGAAAGCACAUCAUCUGCUCGAAGAAAGGACUCAGGCAUUGGGGAAGAAACAGCUACUGGUUUAGGAAACAAUAUGGAUGUAACUCCUCAUACAGCACCUGCUAGUGUCAGUGCAGGCCCAGAUGCAAUCAGUGAGGUGCUAUGCACUCUUUCUUUAGAAGUCAAUAAAGCUCAGGAAACCAAAAGUGAUAGAGGAAAUGAAUUGGAUACUAAAGCUGCAUCAUCAGUUCCAGUUUCAAAAAAUGUCAACGUGAAAGACAUUCUUCGAAGCUUGGUUAACAUACCAGCAGAUGGAGUCACAGUGGAUCCUGCCCUUCUGCCACCAGCCUGCCUUGGAGCUCUUGGUGAUCUAUCUGUUGAACAGCCUGUGCAGUUCAGAUCUUUUGACAGAAGUGUCAUCAUUGCAACAAAAAAAUCAACAGUCUUACCUUCUACACUUACCACAAGUAUACCUACCAACACUGUCAGUGUGGUUUCUUCAGUAGAUUCAGCUCAAGCCUCAGAUGUGGGAGGAGAAUCACCAGGCAGUAGAUCAUCUAAUGCAAAGUUGCCCUCAGUUCCAGCAGUUGGUUCAGUUUCUCAAGACCCGGUUUCAAAUAUGAGUAUUACAGAGAGGCUUGAACAUGCUUUGGAAAAGGCAGCUCCUCUUCUACGAGAGAUUUUUGUGGAUUUUGCACCUUUUCUUUCUCGGACACUUUUGGGUAGCCAUGGACAAGAACUGCUUAUAGAAGGAACAAGUCUGGUUUGCAUGAAGUCUAGUAAUUCAGUUGUGGAAUUGGUUAUGCUACUGUGUUCUCAGGAGUGGCAGAAUUCUAUUCAGAAGAAUGCUGGCCUUGCUUUUAUUGAACUUGUCAAUGAAGGAAGGUUGCUUAGUCAAACAAUGAAGGAUCAUCUAGUAAGAGUAGCAAAUGAAGCUGAAUUUAUUCUGAGCAGACAAAGAGCAGAGGAUAUUCACAGACAUGCGGAAUUUGAGUCACUGUGUGCCCAGUAUUCUGCAGACAAACGAGAAGAUGAGAAAAUGUGUGAUCAUUUGAUAAGAGCAGCAAAGUAUCGAGACCAUGUUACAGCAACUCAACUAAUCCAGAAAAUCAUCAACAUUCUCACAGACAAGCAUGGAGCCUGGGGAAAUUCUGCAGUGAGUCGUCCUCGUGAGUUCUGGCGCCUUGACUACUGGGAAGAUGACUUGCGGCGCCGGCGACGAUUUGUGCGUAACCCUCUAGGAUCGACACAUCCUGAAGCGACACUAAAAACAGCCGUGGAACAUGCCGCAGAUGAAGAUAUCCUUGCUAAAGGAAAACAGUCCAUCAAGAGUCAGGCUUUAGGAAAUCGGAACUCAGAAAACGAGAUCCUCCUGGAAGGCGACGACGAUACUCUGUCAUCCGUGGAUGAGAAAGAUUUAGAGAAUCUUGCCGGUCCUGUUAGCCUGAGUACACCAGCUCAGCUUGUGGCCCCCUCUGUUGUAGUAAAGGGGACUCUUUCUGUCACCUCUUCUGAACUCUACUUUGAGGUGGAUGAAGAGGAUCCUAACUUCAAAAAAGUCGACCCCAAGAUCCUGGCAUACACAGAAGGGCUGCAUGGAAAAUGGCUGUUCACAGAGAUACGAUCAAUCUUUUCUCGUCGUUAUCUUUUGCAAAAUACAGCCCUGGAGAUCUUUAUGGCAAACAGAGUUGCUGUAAUGUUCAACUUCCCAGACCCUGCAACAGUGAAGAAAGUAGUUAACUAUCUACCUCGUGUUGGCAUUGGAACGAGUUUUGGGUUGCCUCAAACCAGGCGUAUUUCAUUAGCUAGUCCACGUCAACUUUUUAAAGCUUCUAAUAUGACCCAGCGAUGGCAGCACAGAGAGAUUUCAAAUUUUGAGUACUUGAUGUUUCUCAACACGAUAGCAGGACGGAGUUACAACGACUUAAAUCAGUAUCCAGUGUUUCCCUGGGUCAUCACUAAUUAUGAAUCAGAAGAACUGGAUCUUACCUUGCCCAGCAACUUUAGAGAUUUGUCCAAGCCAGUAGGAGCUUUGAACCCAAAAAGAGCAGCAUUCUUUGCAGAGCGUUACGAAUCAUGGGAAGAUGAUCAAGUUCCAAAGUUUCACUAUGGUACUCAUUACUCAACUGCAAGUUUUGUUCUUGCAUGGCUGCUAAGAAUAGAACCCUUUACAACUUAUUUCCUAAAUUUGCAAGGAGGGAAAUUUGAUCAUGCAGAUCGAACUUUUUCAUCAGUUUCCCGAGCUUGGCGAAACAGUCAGCGUGAUACAUCUGAUAUUAAGGAGUUGAUCCCUGAAUUUUAUUAUCUCCCUGAGAUGUUUGUCAACUUUAAUAAUUAUAAUCUUGGAGUGAUGGAUGAUGGAACAGUUGUGUCUGAUGUCGAACUUCCUCCUUGGGCCAAAACCUCAGAAGAAUUUGUUCGCAUAAACAGAUUGGCUGUUGAAGCUCAAAUCCGAAGUUUUGGGCAGACGCCUUCUCAACUACUCAUAGAGCCCCAUCCUCCCAGAGGUUCUGCCAUGCAAGUGAGUCCAUUGAUGUUCACAGACCAAGCCCAGCAGGAUGUUAUCAUGGUCCUCAAGUUUCCCUCCAACUCCCCUGUCACUCACGUGGCAGCCAACACCCAGCCUGGUCUGGCAACUCCUGCUGUGAUCACGGUCACUGCUAACAGGCUCUUUGCUGUGAACAAGUGGCACAACCUUCCUGCUCAUCAAGGUGCUGUACAAGACCAGCCAUACCAGCUGCCAGUGGAAAUCGAUCCUCUCAUAGCCAGCAAUACAGGAAUGCACAAAAGGCAGAUCACUGACCUUUUAGACCAAAGUAUUCAAGUGCAUUCCCAGUGCUUUGUCAUCACUUCAGACAACCGCUAUAUUCUCAUCUGUGGCUUCUGGGAUAAGAGUUUCCGAGUUUAUUCUACAGACACAGGAAAAUUGACCCAAGUGGUAUUUGGCCAUUGGGAUGUCGUCACUUGCCUCACUCGUUCUGAGUCAUAUAUUGGGGGAAAUUGCUACAUUCUCUCAGGGUCACGUGAUGCAACCCUUUUGCUGUGGUACUGGAAUGGAAAAAGCGGUGGGAUUGGAGAUAACCCAGGCAGUGAGACUACUGCUCCUCGGGCCAUUUUGACAGGCCACGACUAUGAGAUCACAUGUGCUGCCGUGUGUGCCGAGCUAGGCCUGGUGUUAAGUGGUUCUCAAGAAGGACCAUGUCUCAUACAUUCCAUGAAUGGAGACCUGUUAAGGACCUUGGAGGGUCCUGAAAACUGCCUGAAACCAAAACUCAUCCAGGCUUCAAGAGAGGGUCAUUGUGUCAUAUUCUAUGAAAACGGCCUCUUCUGUACCUUCAGUGUGAAUGGAAAACUCCAGGCCACCGUGGAAACAGAUGAUAACAUAAGAGCCAUGCAGCUGAGCCGGGACGGGCAGUACCUGCUCACCGGAGGAGACAACGGCGUGGUCAAGGUCUGGCAGGUAUCAGACCUCAAGCAGCUCUUUGCCUACCCAGGCUGCGAUGCUGGAAUCCGGGCCAUGGCCCUAUCGUACGACCAGAGGUGCAUCAUUUCUGGCAUGGCUUCAGGGAGCAUUGUUCUGUUCUACAAUAACUUUAACCGGUGGCAUCAUGAGUACCAAACCCGCUACUGAUGACGACAGUUGCUCAUCAGCCCUGAUCCCAGGAUGGGCAGGAGAAGUAUCCGAGCAUCAUUCUCUUAGAAAUAGCUAUCAUCACAUCUGAAAGGAACUUAAAUUUGCUCAAAGAAGCAAAAUAUUUUUUAAAGUUAAUUGCUAUUUUUGUAGACUUUGCUUGACUUUUUUGGGGGGGACUAGCAAAGCAGAAAACUGGCUGCUGGGUUCUGUAGUUUAAAAAAAAUCUAUAUUUUUAGUCAUAAUGAGAAGUCUAUUUUCACCAAUUAUGGAAACAUACAGUGGAGCUAGUAAACCCAAUAAUAAAAAAACAUUUCCCAUUUAUCUGCAAUCUUGAGAAAUACAUGAUUUUAACAUUGGGGAAAUGGAUAGGGGAAGUUUAUGCAGAAAUUUGGGUCCUGUAUUUUUCCAAACAAUUGUGCUUCUUCAGCACUGAAAUUUCUGGGAUUUAGAUAAUAAUGUUUAAAUUAUGGUAAAUGUAAUUUAAAACAUCUCAAUGAAUUAUUUCUAUCAAUCAAUAUUAUUCUUUAAGCAUGUUUUAGACCUAGAAAAGUACGGUUUGGGGGAGGCUAUUUUAUUUUACUGUGUGUUAACAUAAAGGGUCUAAGUUGUAGCAAGUGUGAAAUAGUUACCAUUUUUUCCUGAUCUGUCAUCUUUGUAGCACAACAAAAUGAAAUGAUGGAAAUGCUCUUGGGCUCACCAUCUUUGUUUUUCUUUUAAAGUAAAUGAAAGUACCAAAGUUCACCCCUGAGGUGUGACUGUGCCCAGUGAGGCAGGGCCAUUGCUGGGGAACCCCAUCCCCAGUUUGAGGACAGAGGCUACCAGGUGCUGUAUUAAGCAACACCUGUUUUACCUUCUAUUUGUUAUUAAACUAUCUCCACCUUCCUUUUGAUUAGCAAUUUGUACUAAGAAACAAUGUAUUUUGGUGUUGUAUUAUUCUACUUUUCUAGUAGAGUGCUGUGUGGAAGUCUGUGAAAUAUUUGAGAAAAGGCCUGUAUUGCAUAAAUAAAUUUCUUUGUAUGUUGUGAA